AUGGGCUGCUGCAGUCUUUUCUAUACAGCUCGGAAGUCUGCCGCUUUUCUGCUGGCUGGCGUCUCCAAAUUUGUAGCGAAUAAAUCAGAAUUGAUUGAGCCUUUGCCUCAACGCGAGUUCACCGUUCAUCUCACUUCUGCCUCCUUCCUUCACCUUUGUCUCUUCUGUCACUCGUCGGAGUCGCUUCUCUCACUCGGAGUUGCGAUAAGGCUGCUGAUUGGAUACACCAUGAGUACUGAUUUUGAUCCAUUGGAUGAUAUUUUUGCUGAUGAAAUAGGAACGCAGGCGGCCAAGGCAGUAGGAAAGUUCCAGCCAAAGGCAAAGUUCCGGGCAACUAAAAAGGGAUCUGCUUCAACUUCAGUUCAUACUUCACAAGCAGUUCAAAACCUUGAUUCUACACAAAAUAAAUUUACUGAGCCUGUUGUGACUGCAAAGCCAUCAGAACCUUGGUCAGAUGUUGCCCAUCACGACAAUGGAGGCUGGCAUGCUUCCAUGGAAAAGUCGACUGGAGUGAAUGCUGAUGUAUUUAUUGGGUUGGAUGCUCUUGGUGAUUUUCUUUCUCCAACUUCUAUUGAUGAGGAGGCGGCUGCUUUUACUGAUGCCAACCCUCAUUCUUCUGUUGAGGGUUCAACUAUUUCGUGUAAGGGGGAUAGUGUUCCCAUACAUCCUAGCACGUCACAAUGCAUUAAUUCGUUUACUACUGGUGAGCCUAUUGGUCCAAGUAGUGAUAUACGUGAUCCAUUACACACUAGAGAGUUGGAUAGAGAGGAAGUUGGUCCGACUGGCUCGCUGAAUGUGACGGAGUUAGCAACUCAAUCAGGAGACAAGAAAGGGGGCUCUCCAUCUAUCCCACCUGAAAUUGAUUAUGCAGAUAAGGAUUCAACUGCCACAUUUCAACAGGAUGAUGUUCUUGAUUUCUCAUCACUUGAUUUCACGAGUUCCUCACCGUGUGAGCCUGCUUCUGAGCUUCCUUCAAAUGAAGAGUCUAUGAAUCUUAUGGAGACAGUUAAUUUGGAUUCGGGAAUCCAUUCGGAUGGUGUGACUGAGAUUCCUGCAAAACUUGCUUCUCGCCGAGCAAAGACACAAAGUAGUGGUGCUCAUAUUGCACAAGAUCCUUCUUCACAGCAGCCAGAGACUUCCCGUAAUAGUCAUGAUAAUGGGUCUGGUAGAUCAUUACGUCCAAGAAAAAACAAAAUAAACUUUUGUGAAUUAGUGGAUGAGGAUGAAGGCCUCCAUAGUGUGGAGUUAUCUGAAGAAUGUCCUGUCAGUUCUCCUACAGAGGAGGAAAACAACAAUGAGGAGGAAGUUCAAGCAGAAAGUGAAUUAAAAACGAAAAAAUCAAAGUCAGAGUCUGGAAAAACCUAUGAUGAGAAAGAAAAACCUGCCAGAAAACGGAAAAAGGCCAAGGAGGCAUCAGAUCAAGAUGCGGGUGCAAAGCCUAAAAAGUUUUCUCAUUCUACUCGGCGGAAGCGAGUGGUGGACAAGGUUUUGCUUGAAACUCCUGAAGAUGAGAUUGACUAUCAGAAGGUGCCUUUAAGAGAUUUAAUUGCACGUGCUGAGCAUCAGGAGAAACAGAUGAAAAAAAAUGAAGCAGAGGCAGGAGCACCAGGCACCAAACAAAGUAAUGGUAAUUCUUCGGGCUCUUGUAAUGACGAAGGGACGUUUAUUUCUAAGCAAGAUGGAGAAUAUAAUGUUGAACAAGGAAGUCCUAUAGCUGAAGAUACCACCGAGUUCUUCAAUUACCAGACCUACAUGGACAAAACACCAAGCACAAGAUGGUCAAAACAGGACACAGAGUUGUUCUACGAGGCUGUGAGGCAGUUCGGGACAGACCUUUCUAUGAUAGAGCAACUUUUUCCUGGCCGAACUCGGCGACAAGUAAAGCUGAAGUACAAAAAGGAGGAACGUCAGCAUCCAAUGAGGCUUCGUGAUGCUUUGACCAACCGUACUAAAGAUUAUUCCCAUUUCGAGGAAGUAAUAAAGCGCCUAAAGCAAAUUGCGGCUGAGGAAAAACAGAAUGGUGAUAAGGAUGACCCGAUAGAUCUUACUGGCAAUGAAGGGGCAGAUGAUGGGACCACUAAUGCCGAUGAUGAAGAACCAAACGGCAAGGAGCAAACUCAGGAAGAAGAGAAUAGCGAUGUGGCAAAUGACAAAGUUGAAGCCCAAAGCCCUUCGAAGUCCGAUGGUGGUGAUGAUGAUGAUUUGUUCAUGUGGAGCCAAUACACGAGUUCCUGACUAGUUGUAGAUGUAUUUUAUUUUUCUGUUGUGCUACCAUUUCUUUCAAAUCUAUCAAUUAUAAUCUCUAAUAUGAUCUUAUGGCUUCUUCAUGGAUAUUGAAGGGUGGAGGAUUCAAAAAGAACAUUCAUGACGAGUUUGAUGAUGUAGCUGAAUGGGCCAAUGUAACUUGUUACCUGACUAGUGGUAGAGAAAACAUUUAUAUAUCAGUCUCUUUGCAAGUAAAAUUGUUUAUAUGAAGAAAUUGAUUCGCAUCA